AUGGCCUCUGCUCGCUCAUUGAUGCGAUUGGGCACUGGCCGCUCGCUGGCAUCGGCCGCGAGGUCAUCCCAGACAUGCCGUGCCUUCUCUUCGACCGUGCAGUACGCUUCCAAGGCCUCAGCUGUUCCCGAGCCUGAGAACAUGCGCAAUGCCCACCGUCCUCCCCAAGGAGCUCUCCGCGCGCCGGUCGUCAACCCAGCCGACAAGUACCAGGAUAAGGCCGAGAGCCUGCACAAGUACGGCCAAUAUGUCAUGUCCUGCAUGCCCAAAUACGUCCAGCAGUUCUCUGUGUGGAAGGACGAGCUCACAAUCUACGUUCCUCCCUCCGGUAUCAUCCCUGUGAUGAGCUUCUUGAAAUACCACACCGCGGCCGAAUACACCCAGGUUUCCGAUAUCACCGCGGUUGAUUUCCCCACUCGUGACCAGCGCUUCGAGGUCGUCUAUAAUCUGCUCAGCGUCCGCUAUAACUCCCGUAUCCGUGUCAAGACUUAUGCCGACGAGGCCAGUCCCGUGCCCAGUGUUACCGGUCUGUACGAAGGAGCGCUGUGGUACGAGCGUGAGGUCUACGACAUGUUCGGUGUCUUCUUCAGCGGCCAUCCCGAUCUGCGUCGUAUCAUGACCGACUACGGGUUUGAUGGGCACCCUCUCCGCAAGGAUUUCCCCUUGACUGGCUACACCGAGCUGCGCUACGAUGAAGAGAAGAAGCGCAUUGUCAUCGAGCCGCUUGAGCUGACACAGGCUUUCCGGAACUUCGAGGGAGGCACCGCUGCUUGGGAGCCUGUUGGUCCUGGUGUUGACAGGAAACCUGACUCGUUCAAGCUCCCCACCCCCAAGCCGGAGGAGAAGAAGGGGGAUGAAAAGAAAUAG